GGAAGUUACUUUUUUUUUUAUGUUUUAUGGUUAUUAUAGUGAAUUAUUUGUAAUAAUUGAAAACAUUAUGGUUAUAGAUAAAGAUCUAACCUUAUUGUAAGGUUAGAGUGAUAUGAAAAUACACCAUAAAUAUAUACAGAAAUAUCUAAGUGAGUGAGUGUCAUCUUCUAACACUAAUUUAGAGAAAAAGUUAUAAGAAAAUUAACUUUCAAAAUAUUUGAAAAAACUAAUAAAAACAUCACUGUCAACUUUCAAAAUACGUAACCUUGUGGUGAAAAUGAGUCAUAAGAUGGUGGCAACCACACGGAUGAAAAUUCUCAAGAGUUUUAGUUUCUAAAGAAUUUCACAACUUCUCAGGUUGGUGAUGAGAUUCCCAGUCGAAUCCCUGCAUUAAAAAUUGUUAAAUAUUAAUUCUAAUCCAUGCAAGUUCUAGUGAUAAAUACUAUAUUUUAUUUUGUAAAGAGACUAUUAGUUUUAUAAGAUCAUGAAGUUUUAUUAUUAUAUAACAAGGAUGGAUCAUACUAACACCAAAGAAGAAAUAACAAAGAGGAUAUAUGAAGGUGAUCUUAGACACCAACAAUCCUAGGAUAUGAUGUUAAGUAAUCUCAAUGAAUUGUAUAAUCGCACUUGUAUAUUCUUAGUCUAUAUGAUUUGGUCACAUGAGUGGGUAAAGAGAAAAACAAGCAUGAUGUUACAAUCACUGCCGCCACCUGCUUCGCUGUAGGCUCCUACUUAUCGCGGUCGCCACCGCGGAGCUUCACGGUAGCUCUCAGAUCUGAUGUGUCAACUACCGCAACGAGAAUAUUGACGGAAUUGAAACGUGAGUGUGCCACUCCUCUCCCCCUUCUUCAGCAAGUGGCCAAAACCAUGUCUGAUGAUAUGCGAGCUGGGCUUGGGCUUGAGCCCGGGCUUCCCAUGAUACUGACCUAUGUUGAGUCAAGGAAUGAGAAAGGGUUGUUCUAUGCCUUGGAUCUUGGUGGAACAAACUUACGGUGUGGUGAGGGUGCAGUUGGGUGGGAAAGAUGAGCGUGUCAUCGACACUGAGUUUGAUCAAGUUUCUGUACCACAGGACCUCAUGUCUGCUACAUCAGAAGAGCUGUUUGAUUUCAUUGCUUCAGGGCUUGCAAAAUUUGUGUCAAAGGAGGAUGGUAGGUUUCAUAUCUCACCGGGAAGAAAGAGAGAGAUUGGAUUCACGUUUUCAUUUCCUGUGAAGCAGACAUCUAUUGAUUCUGGCAUACUAAUCAAGUGGACAAAGGGUUUUGCAGUCUCUGGAACAGCUGAAUCCAAUUUAAGUGAAAGAAAAACAGUUUUAGAGGUUUGUGAGACUGUUGUAAGGAGAGGAGGGAGGUUAGCUGGUGCAGGAAUUGUGGGGAUUCUACAGAAAAUGGAAGAAGAUGAGAACAGAAGUGUUGUUGCCAUUGAUGGGGGCUUAUACGAAAAUUAUCCUCAAUACAGGACUUAUUUGCAAGAUUCAGUGGAAGAGCUGCUAGGGACAGAAAAAUCAAACAAUGUGGUGAUAGAACAUACAAAAGAUGGAUCUGCAAUAGGUGCUGCUCUGUUGGCUGCUUCAAACUCCAUCUACCAACAACACUUAUAGUAUUCACUCUGACUCUGCUGGAGGAUUUAUUUAUUUAUUUAUAUAUUUUCAUUUGUAGUAUUGAAAUUUGAACUUUAUGUAAAUUAUUCCAGUCUCUUCUUCUUAGUUUAAAUAUUAGUAUAGUUUUUUUUUUUUUUUUCAUGAAUACCAGUUUUUAACAAAAUAAUCCAAUUCAAUAAAAAGAAGAAGCAAAGUUUAAUGAAGAGUUAUUUCUACCGUAAAUUGUAUUCAAACUAUGUCAAAACAAUUUAAUCUAGAUUCAGUACAAUGUCCUUCAAAUA